GUCACCCCUACCUCAGACAUCCACUCCAGUAAAAAGAUGUCCUGCAAAGCACACAACACCUGAAAAGGUUGUGAAGUUAUCCUUCCCAGAAUAUGUAUUGCACACUGACACCGAACUAGAGCAAUGCCGAAAACAAUAUUGUGAGUUGGCGAAGACCGGUGAAGAGAGAAACUGCCAAAUGUCAAAGGACCUCAGAUGUCGGCUCAUCCGAAACACCAUGUCCAGUAUGAUCGCAAUCCUGAGGGCAACGGGGGAUGGAGACAGAUACCCGUCAAAGCCAGAAAUUACAGCUAUGGCAAAGCGAAUAGUGCUGCAGGACCGAGACCUGAGCAGCAAGAAUGCAUGGGUUACUGUGUACUCACAGCUAUACAAAAGAUUGCAAAAUGUGAGAUCACCCCAAAAGACCAAUCCAAAGAGGCGCCGACUUGAGGAGCCAAAGUGCCAACCUGAGCUGCUAAGUGACCCAGAUGGAUUUGAAUCAAGUGACUCAACACUCAUUCUGGAUCCCCCCUCAAAAGGAGGUAGCAUUCAAGACUGCCUUCUGAAGGAAGUAGCACCCCAGACUCAGGCAGCAAUGCCAGACCUAAGAUGCCCGCAGGCAUUGACACUCCAGACACUGACAGUCCAGCAACCACAGGCAAGCACCCUAACUAGAACAGCUAAGAAGCCUGCAGACACUCCAGACUCAGACAGUCCAGCAACUAUGGCCAAGCACUACAGAACCCUACAAUCUUUGUGUAAGAAGAAAACUCCAAACCAUGAGUCCUUCUCUCAGCUCCUGGACUUGGAAUUUUCAGCCAGAAGAGCAUUCAUUGGCUCUGAUUCUUUUCGCGAGGAGGACAGACACAAGAAAAUUCUAGAGGCGUAUCCUUGUUUCAAGGACAUUGGACAUGUGAUGGAGGAGCUUCAACGCAUUCUGGACAAAAAUAACAUCCAUUACAUUGAUGAGCUGAAGGGAAGAUGGGAAAACUUCUGCCAGAAGGUGCAGUUUUUUGGUGUGUGGAAAAAGCUGCUGAAACCCCAAUAGGAAUGGACAAAGUUGAACAGGCUCUCAGUAUCCUACGUGUGCUGCCUUCAUUGUUCCCCUCUUCAUCUGCUCCUCCGAAGAAGUUAGGACAUGUGAGUGAGGCUCUAGUGCAUUUCCUCGAGGUAA